UGGACGGGGAGGAGACUACAGAUGCGGGGUGGUACAAUGUGGCGCUGCAAGGUCCUCCUGCACUCACAGGACGCAUGAGAGCUGAGGCAAGUCGGAGCAAACUGAACCAAAAUUAGUGUUGAAGUCAGUCUACCUCCCAGAGAGACCAUGAGAGUCCUCCUACUAAUCUGCAUGCCAGUUCUGCUGCUCGCCCAGGCCCAGUACCAGGAACCAUUUCCUUUUUUGGAGGACUAUGGGCCAGAUUAUUUUCCAGGGGGUCCAGAUUCUGAAAAUCAUGACUCUCUCGCUGGAACCUUCCAGCAGCAGGUUAGACUGGACCCAGUGGUCCGUCCAGAAAAAUCAGGGUCUGAGUUGGAGACGGAGCCCACGGAGCCCGGCCCUCUUGACUGCAGGGAGGAGCAGUAUCCCUGCACCCGGCUCUACUCCGUCCACAAGCCAUGCAAGCAGUGUCUCAACAGCCUCUGCUUCUACAGUUUGCGACGGGUGUACGUCAUCAACAAGGAGGUGUGCGUGAGGACUGUGUGUGCACAUGAAGAGCUUCUGAGAGCUGACCUGUGUCGUGAUCAGUUCUCUCGCUGUGGCGUGGCGGCACUGAGCGGACAGUGUUCAUCACUAGGAGGAAGCUGUGGAAAGAGCUGUGGUGGCUGCUGAUUUGAGUGCUGAGAUCAGGGGUACAACCUGCCCAGAUACUGCCGCUUCUCCAAAACCCGUCCACGUCCUCCUCCUGCUUCUCUCUCUCCUCCUCACUUCUCCUUCUGACUCUUCCAUGCAACUCAUUACUCUUGUGCGAAGAGCAACCUCUGCAUUUGAGGACUUGUCUCUCAUUUCUCUUCACUUUUAUAUUUCCACAUGUACGUGUGCCCAGUAGAUUCUGUGUGUACGGUUGAAUAUACUCCAAAACACAUUGAUGAUUGUAUAAAUCACUGGUGCUAUAAAAAAACAUCACAAUGGUGCUAUAAACCUUAAGAGAUGCUCAUAAAACUGCGGCACAUCUUUUUUCCUCCCAGAUCUUUUUGGCAUAGUGUAUCAUAUUAAUCUCAUGCUUUGUGUUUGUUGACAUGUUACUGUACUUGUGCUGAGAAGCAGCCAUUGUCAAGAUGAUCAACUCAUCAACGGUGGCCGCUGUGCACUGACAUCAGAAUAGAAAAACCGAAUCAAUAUCCAGCCGUCAGUAGUUUCGUCUCGUUGAAAGAUCGUGAGAUGUGUGAGGAGGCAGGUGGUGAGUGACCUCAGUUUUCUGUACAGCUGCCACGCGGAUCUGUGCUUAGCAACCGAGCUGCAAGCCAACAUAAAUAUGUUCCAGUGGCAACACGUGCACUGAGAAGGCAUCUCACAAGCAGCCUCUGUACUACUGCUUUGUAAAACUGUCACUAUAAAGACUGAGAAAAAAAAUAAACCUUUGUUUUUUUAACUACA